AAAAAUCGCUGUAGAGUUGUUCCAAAAGCCAGACGUUUGGAAAACAUUUUUUUCUUGUACAAAAUGCUGAGAUAAUCRGAAUCUCACACGAUACGUCUACAAAAUGCUGAGAUAAUCAGAACCUCACAUGCGUCUUGAUAUUAGCAUUCAAGCAGACGUAGCCAGAUCAAUUUCCACGAACUCCUCCUCCGCUCAGCUGUAAUCCAAUAGGAGCUGAGCGAAGGAGUGGAGAAGUUGUGUUUACGUCUAUCCUGCCUGGAAGUGGGACAGAGUGCACACUGCAGCUGUCACACAGGAGGACAGGCAGGCAAAUGAGGCACUGCAAGACAGUGUACAGGAAGACCAGUGUAAGAGCUGCCAUGCUGAGACGAGGCAGAAACAGCAGAACUCGACAUUUGGCCUGGAGUGACACGCGGCAGGAGACAGAUGUCAUGGCUGCAGACUAUUCCACCGACAGUGAUGAGCAGGAGAGCCAAACAGCGACACAGAUCAGCGAUUUGGAGUGGGAGGUGGGUUACCCCAACAGACCAGCGAGCGUCUCAGAGGUGGUCCCCCUGCCCAGCAAGCCACCAGCGAUGGAGGAGACCUUCUACCUCUGUGAGCCACAGGACGAGGUCAGCCCAGGUGUGGGGGUCACCCCUGACUGUGUCUGUGGGGAGAAGGAUCAGGGGUUUCACUGGGUGUGGGAUGAGUGCUGCAAGUCGUCCGGAGCGUUCCUCAGCUGUGACGACAGGAAGGUGAGCUUUCACUCAGACUACAGCUGCGGCACGGCUGCCAUCCGCGGCACCAAGGAGCUGUCAGACGGUCAGCACUACUGGGAGGUGAAGAUGACCUCUCCGGUCUAUGGAACAGAUAUGAUGGUGGGGAUCGGAACCUCUGAGGUGAACCUGGAGAUGUUCAAAUACAGCUUUGGCAGCCUGCUGGGUUACGAUGAAGACAGCUGGGGUCUUUCCUACACGGGUCUGCUCCAACACAAAGGGGACAAAGUGAAAUUCUCUUCUCGGUUCAGUCAGGGCUCGAUCAUCGGAGUGCAUCUGGACACGUGGCACGGCACCCUGACUUUCUACAAGAACCGCCACUGCAUAGGUGUCGCAGCCACCAGGCUGCAGAACAAGAAGUUCUACCCCAUGGUGUGUUCCACAGCAGCUAAGAGCAGCAUGAAGGUCAUCCGUGCCUGCUACACGCCCACCUCCCUACAGUACCUCUGCUGUGCUCAGCUGCGCCAGACGUGGCCCCGUUGUCCAGACGUAGUCACCGCCCUGGACCUGCCCCCGGGCCUGCGCAGCCUCCUGCAGAACCACCUGGGCUGGGUCUUCACCCUCAGCAGCUGCAGCAGCAGCAGCGACCUCGACUCUUCAGAGGAGACGUACUUCUCUGAUUCCUGCCAGCAGGAUGCGGACGAGCAGACCAGCGUGCCUUCCAGCCCCGUCACCACCCUGAGUGCCUGCGCCUCCCUCAGCCCCGACCCGUUCCCCGACACGCCCCUCUACGACUGCCCCUGUCCCCCGUCUCAUCAGACUCACCCGGCAGCGUGCCACUGCCCCCCAACGCCGCCGAGCAGCGACUACGACAGCUGCUGCUCCGAGCCCGAGGAUUAUCAGUGCAAGAGGUGUCGCUGGACAUGACGAGGGCGUUUUCCCCGAAACAUUGUCCACGGCUUUCCUCCCACUGCCACUCAGAGCCAUCGUUCAGUGCAUCGAUUCUUCUUCAACUGAGAAACAUGAGUAAGAAUGUGAUCAAAGGGCUGUUUUAGCCAAUUUAUUUUGCUAAGAUUAUUAUUUUUUACAUUUAAACUUACGCCUGUCAGCAGAUUAGCCAAACAGGGAAAAGAAAAACAACAUAAUAGUUUUAUUCUCAGGUCUAGACUCCAAGAGAAGAGCCGCUUUUUAACACCGUAAAUCAUUUGAUGGCUGUCCGUUCUUACAAGAGUUUUUUUUUUCUACUAUUUUUUUAUAUCUUAUUUACAGUUAUUUGAAUAUAAGCUUUCUUACUCAGGCUGUUCUGUAAAAUAAAUCAAAACUAGAAA